GCUAAGAGACACUGCACGCCAAGCAGGAUCUCUGCGCAUGCGAAGGAAGAGAUCGGCCCGUGCGUUCCCGGAACUACGGUGGCCCGGAGGGUGGUGCUGUUCGUUUAAUGGCGGUGUGAAGGCUGGGUCUCCCAACCCAGAUCUCCGACAGAAACUGCAAGAAAGAAGACCAGCGUGCGUGAUCAAGCAGAGUGGGUUUUCCUGAAGAAACAUCUUAACAGAUUUGUCGCAUUUCUGAGACUGAUAGUUACGGUUUGGAAUUGUCAGCUUUCUCAUGAGAUACAUUUUGGCAAUCCCAAUGAAAGCUUUCCUUGACGUUUUAGAACAAUUAUACAAGAAGGUCCUUCUGGGAGUCACACUUGAAAAUGAGAACCAUGAUUACAUCUUUUAUCUCGACCCAGCAUCUUUGGAUCAAGACUGCUCUACAAUGACGUCUUUGGAAUGCCCAAACCCCCAUGGUGUCCAGGACAAGCAUCAGCCAUCCUCUGCCAAUUUGGCUACCAUUUCUGUAUUGCCUAUGUGUUUGAAGAAACACUCACCAAUAGGCAGUGCCCGAGAAAUAGUGCUCCUUCAGUUAACAGUAAUCAAGGUGAUGAUAACCAGAAUAUUGUCUGUUGAAACUGACUUCCGUGCAAAGGAGAAAUACAGAGAUGUAAUUAAAAUUCUUUUGAAAUCAUCUGACAUCGAUUCUAAAUUAACCUGUAUGUUCCAAGACUCGGAUAAAUUGUUAUCUCACAUGGCUGCAAAGUGCCUUGCAUUACUUCUGUAUUUCCAGUUGAGAGAAAAGAUAACAUUUAGCAAUUCCUGGAUUGCUUUUUGCCAAAAAAAUCUUUCUGAAUACCCUGAAAAUGAGAAGGCAGGAUACUGCCUCUGGACCCUGACUUUUAUAAUAAAAGAAAUCUUUAAAGAUACAUGUUCACAGAAAACAGAAAUUUUAAAGCAGUUCCUGUCUCCUUUUGACACUAUUUUCGAAGUUUUUUACAGUUUGUUAUUUUCUCAUCAUUUUGAAAGCUGCCAAGAUACCUCUAAAAUAAUAAACAGCUUGAUAUGUUCCCUGGAAUUACUUGAACUUCUUAUAGCUUCCAGAAUCCACCUGAAGCUACAUUUCACUUGCCAGAGGAUUUUAUUUUUGAAACCUUCUUGUGUGCUGGACGUUAUUACCUGGCCCGUUCAGGCUUUUGUCAAAAGGAAAUUCAUCAUUUUCAUCAAAAAGUGCCUUCUCUGGAAAGUGGGUGAAGACCUGUGUCGGGGAGCUAGCCCUGUCCUAUUGCCGCCAGAUCAGCAUUUAGAUGUAGACAUCUUGGCUUUAGCGGAUGCUGUCUUGCGAGCUAUGGAUUUGGGCUUAUUGAGGACAUUGUCUGUCCAUGGAAAGCCUCCCCGCUUUGGUGGAGAGGAAGUUCAGCCUACAUGUGAACGUGCCCCUGGUCCAGAUCAUGUUAUUCUCAGAGCAGCAAGCCUGCUUAUCAUUAAAUCCUUAGAAAUCAAGUUUCAAAGUUGUACUUCAGCAAACGAAAUGAAAGUUGAUUUACAGAGUUUCAUGUCUGAGUUACUGACCUUCUUAAAGCCCCACCUUCAGCCCUCUCUUCAGUCACACAAUCCGUGUGAGUGGAUCUCCAGGGUCUUCAUAGAACAGGACGAUGACAUGUUGGAGGCUGCCAAGGCAUCAUUGGGCAUCUACCUAAAGUUGACCAGACAACGUAAAGCUACUGAAAGCUCGACCCAAGAAAAAGAAAUGUGGAAUCAUCACACACAUGAAUAUGGGUAUAAUCCACACUGUAUUUUCUUAUUCUUACUGAAAAAUAUAGGAUUUGAUUCUUCAGUUCUUCUUGACUUUCUCAUUUCAUCGGAAACUUGUUUCCUUGAAUAUUUUGUUAGAUACUUAAAAUUACUGCAAAAAGACUGGGCUAUUUUUUUCAUGAUUUGUAAGGAUUUUGACCUAACAGCAUCUAAAGAUAGUGUAAAUAUUUGCGGUUGUAGCUCCUCACUUGUCCAGGACAGAAGCAGCAACCAAACAGAACUUAGCCCUUCAGCUGCUUUUGGUCGUCCCAGAAGUGUUCAUGCUUCAGUGUCCUGGGCUUCUGAUUUUUCUUCUGGAUCUCUGAGCCAGCUCGUGAUGUCCAAGGAGACCCACACCAUACUCCAGGCUGAUAGUCUGUCUCCCCGCCGAGCCUCCCACAGUCUCGUGGAUUAUGACAGCUCUGAUGAUUCUGAAGCAGAAGGCACAGACCAGCACUCAGCGAACAGUAAACAAAUAUCUUUACACCAAGAAGCGAUGAAGAAAUCUCAGGACAUAGUUGGAACAGGUAUGGAUAAAAAACAGCUCAGCCUGGAGUAUCAGUCCAGGCCUCUGGUUCCAAAACAGUCUAAUAUUACCUUCUCUGUCAAUUGUGAUAAUGUUCCAAAGAACAUCUCUGAAGUGGGCGUAUCCUACAGGACGCUAAAGUGCUUUGAAGAGCUACAAAGUGCCAUUUACCGUUUGCAGAAGAAAAAUCUUUUCCCAUAUAAUGCCAUACCACUUUUGAAGUUGUUGAAACAUAUUGAGGCAAUAUAUAACGAGAGUAUGAACACUUUGUGAAACAGCAGCAUUUUAUUUCCAGGAACUGUUUUUCCCUGCUAUAAAUUGUGCCGUAAUGAGAUCAUAAAAAUAAAUAAAUAAAUACCCUCAAAAGC